AUGAAGUGCAAUCUCCUCGCCCUUGCGUUCGGGGUCAGCAUUAGUGCUGCCCAAGCUGGGGAGACCAUCCUCGGAGUCUAUAUCCUAUCGCGCCAUGGUGACCGAACGGACAAGUCCCAUCCGCCCACCAAACUCACAAAUCUAGGGUACAGCCAGAUCCUCGCCUCGGGGGAGUAUUUUCGCAAUCGCUAUGUCGCUCCCUUAGCUCCUCAAAAGGUCUUUGGUGUGGCCUCGGACGAGGUCGUCAACUCGCAGAUCCACGUUAGCACAACGGACGAUGCUGUGCUGUUGAACUCUGCACAGGCCUUUUUGCAGGGAUUGUAUCCGGCUGUUGGCGCACUUUCGACAGAGAUUUUGAGGAAUGGAAGCGUCGUUUCUAGUGUUAAUGGUGGAUAUCAGUUGAUUCCCAUCCAUACUAUGAACAACGGGGUGAACAAGGAGGAUGCGACCUGGUUGCAAGGAACUUCCGGGUGUGAUGCCGCAAUUAAGAGCUCCAAGGCAUUUUCGGAUAGUAAAGAGUUUAAAGAGUUGAAGAAAGGGAGUAAAGAGUUCUAUCAGUCUCUGGAAGGGGUAUGGAUUGAUACUUUUACUUCCGAACAAUCAGAUUUUACCAACGCUUAUGCCAUCUACGAUGUUGUCAACUACGCCCUGACCCACAAUCAAACCAUUUCUUCUCCUGAGCUCCUUACCGAUAAAGCUUUCCUCCAACUGCGUACCCUUGCCGAUAAACAGCAAUGGAACCUCGCCUUCAAUGCUUCUGAGCCUGUCCGCGGUAUCGCGGGCGCAACCUUCGCUGCAGAUGUUCUCUCGCAUUUAGAAAGCAUUGUAAAUUCCAAGGGUGGCAAGCCUAAGCUCGGUAUUCAAUUCAACGCAUACGGCACCUUUCUCUCGUUCUUCGGGCUAGCCCAACUUCCGGCUGCCGAUGCCAAUUUCUACGGGCUUCCCGAUUAUGGCUCUUCCAUGGCUUUCGAGCUCUUUACCAACGAAGCCGUUGGAUCUUUCCCAGACGCAAAGGAUAUCAACGUUCGUUUCUUAUUCCAUAACGGGUCCACUGCCAAUGGUGGUGAGCUGACCGCCUACCCACUGUUUGGGCAAGAGGAAACCGAAUUAAGCUGGGAAGUUUUCGCAAAAGAAAUGCGAACUUUCUCAAUCACCACCACGGAGCAAUGGUGCCAUACUUGUGGGAACAAAGGGGGUGUCUGUGCCACCGCAUCCAAUGACUCUCAUCCACUUGCUCACACCACCCACCAUGGGCUCAGUGCUCCGGUUGCGGGAGCUGUUGGGGCAUUGGUUACUUUGGUUGUGAUCCUUAUCAUCCAAGGCCUUAUUAUCGCCAUUGCGGGGCUCGCUAUCGUUAAGAAAAAGGAUAUCAAGGGUAAGAAGCCUGAGAGCUUGAGCUCUGCAGAGCCCGUCAAGGAUGAGGUCUUUGACAGCUCGCCCAGACAGUGGCUAUUGUAA